ACCAUCAAACAGCCGGAAGUGGGUCCACGUUACUAGGGUGAAAGGUGAAGGGGAGGGGCCUGCUGUUACGGAGCGGUCAUGGAUCCCGGUGGUGAAGAGAGAGAUCAUCUUCGGCAUGUGGAGAAAGAUGUGCUUAUUCCCAAAAUGGUGAGAGAGAAGGCCAGAGAACUCUGUUCAGAGAAGGUUGAAGCUUUUAGCAAAUGCUGCAAGGAGAAAGGUUUUUUAAUGGUUAUAAAAUGCAGAGAAGAAAAUGCCGCACUUAAGGAAUGCCUUACCAACCAUUAUAAAGAUUCAGCAUUAUAUGAAGAAUGUAAACAAGAAUAUCUAAAGGAGAGGGAAGAAUUCCGUCAAACUGGCAUUCCUGCGAAGAAAAGGCAGCAGAAAGUGCCCAGUAACAUGUAGAAGGUGCCACUUGAAGAAACCAGAACUGACAGAGAACAUACACCUGAAACCUGCGAAUCACGAAUCAUGUUUAAGCAAUACAAUUUACAAUUGCUACAUUAUGUCAGAUUGAUUUUUGUAAUUUUUAUAAAUUAGGAAAUUGAACUACUGCUGUUUGUAAUUCAGUACUUUUCAAAUUUUAUAGUGUAAAUCUUGUAAAUUUAUUUUACAUUGCUUCUUUCAUGCAGGAUUCCAUAAUUAUAGACUCAGGCACAUAUUUCAGUUAAAUGUCCAAUUAUUUUGUAAAGUAUAUCUGGUGUUGAUCAGAAUAUAGCUUCUCAGUCUUUCUUCACUGAAUGCUUUCAUUGCUUUGCAAGGUGUACAGGAUGGCUGGUUCGACCCUCAUAAAAAGGUCUCUGACAUACUGAUUGAAAGUCACAGGUUACCGCAUCUGCUGAAGGAAAUACAGACUUGUUUUCUUCAGGAAGAAUGUUUUACUGUAGAGAACUGAGAGACAACCUGAGCUGGUGGAAAUCCAGUUCACAGCCCCAAGUUCUUCAACCAAUCCCAUUGUUUUUGGUAGGCAAAAGGUACCAAAGCUUUGUUAUUAUUACCAUGUAACUGCUGGUUAAUUGAGUUACUCCUUCAGUUUUGAGAUGGGGAUUUUGCCUCAAUAAAAGCCACUUGCACAAACUGCCCUUUAUAUCAUUUUAUGUUAGGACCCCGUAUGCUCAGCCAUUGGAACUUGAGGCAGAAUGUCCAUGAAUCCAGUAAAUAUUGCAACUUAGAGAAGUAGAGCAUUGGAUCAGAAUGACUUUCUUUUCGAUGAUCUUGUUGUGCUUUCUGUCAUUUUCUCAGUUUUGGUUAAGAUUUGAUUUUAUUUUGUGAGGGAGAAAUUUGAAGUUCUUUGUCAGUUUCAGUCUGAUUGCAUUAUAAUUAUUUUAUCCACCAGGCAUGGUUCCACACAGUCUCUUGAGUAAGUCAGUUUCAAUGUUUUAGCUGCAGGCCUGGUGAUAUUUGACUAUAGAUAUUGUGCCUGCCCUUCUCCCCAAGAAACCUCCAUGCAACAAUAACGUGACGCUUUAAAGAUCUCACCAAUGGACAGCUCAGCUGGACAGUGUUCAACAGCAGUCUGUUCAGCUUGAUUGGUUUUGCUGGCAAUUUCUACCAAAUGAUUUGAAAGCAUCUCUCACCCACAGCAUCAGUACAGACUGACACCGUCAUGCUUGGUUCAUUGCCAGCUGCGCCCACUAGGAGCAAUACCAAGUAACAGCCAGAAGUAGUACAAGAUUUGACUGUCAAAAGAUUGGGCUUUUCUUUCACCAAGCUGGACGUGAACAUAAGUUACUCUGUUUGGAGAGAGUUGGCCUUGGCACUAAUUCCCAAUUCUUUCACAGCCAUGCAGCACUGAAAAACUCUGCAGAAAAUCUUUUGUGAUGACAGGAGAUGGUCACUUGCCUUUCCUCCCUGCUGACCCCAGACAACAGUUUGUUGUUUCAUCCUCAAAUCAACACUCCGUCUACUUUCACUUUACUUUGAGUGAGGGCACCUGAAAAUACCUAUUCUGCAUAUAUCCAAAGCACUUUCCUCCGCUCUCGCAUGUACUAAUACUAUUUGCCUCACUUCACCUCUUGGUACACUUGUCACAUGCAACUCACUAACUGCCCUAUCCUCAUAAGCACAAACUUCAACCUCUUUAGCUAUGUUCUUAGGUACCUUCUGCCAUCUAUUGUUGCAGAUCUCUACUGUAAUGGAAGUCUAUAAUAAGGCAACCAUCAAAGGUGGUCUUGAGAUCAAACAACCACCACAGCAUGAAAUGGAAACGAACGGAGAAGGAAAAUAAUCAGGCCAUAGAGCCAACACUUAGCAGCCAGCCUGUUCACCUAAUGAUCAAAAUCAAAUUGGAUUUUCCACCCAUGACCGCCAUCUCUGUUAUUUGCUCCCCUCUCCAGUCUGUCUAUGUGUGUGUGAGAGCAGGGAGAGGAGAGGUGAUCAGGGGAGGAAUAAAGGCGUACAAAUGCCAGAUGGCAAUGGCUCAAGUCCAUUGGCCAUAGUGCUGUGUCUUGUGACAGCAAUAUAUUACACCUUUGCCUAUUCCAUCUCAGAGUGCCCAGUCAACAGUCACUUUUUGGUGGGGAUCAAGACAGGCUGCACAGGAUACCCUGCAAAGUUGGAGCCAGCAUCAGCUCUGACAUAAAUCAGCAAGCAUUCAGUAGGGCCUGCCUUAGCCCCUGACCCUUUUUGGACAACCUGAGCAGCCAGACAUGCAUUCUGCACAUUUACACAAAGUAGGGGAGGGGUGAAGAGGGCAUACAUAAGCAUAUUGGGGAAGACCAAAUAAGAAAAUGUAGAAAAUUGCAUCAUUGAUAAAUUAUAAAUUUCUUUGAAUAAAAGAAAUGUUUUUGUAA